AUGCUCCAAUAUCUAGGAUCGUUUGAUUGGGAAAAUACCUUUUCGCUUUAUUCAGUUGAUGAUUCUACUGUUGUCUUUAAUGAUGCACUUCCAAGCUCCAUAAAUAAGUUUGUCCCCGUUAAAGUAUUUUCGCCUUCUAAAUGUCCUAAAUGGACAUCCAGUAUUCUCAAAAAUCUCAUAAUAAACAAGAAGAAAGCCCAUGCAGUUUAUAAGCGAACCAAGUUGAUAUCUGAUCAUCUUGUUUUCUCUGAAUAUAGAGCAAAAGUUGAUUACUCUGCUCAUAUUAGUCAUGCCGAGGAGGCUCUAUCAUMUUCCCCCUCCAAAUUCUGGAAAUUUUUAAAUAAUCUAWAACAGAAACCUCCAAUUCCGUCAUCACUCCAUCUCGGUAAUAUUACUUCAAAUACUCCAACUGAAUCAGCUAAUCUGUUUUCAACUCAUUUCUCCUCGACGUUCAAUUCCUCGGUUCUCCAACUUUCRCCAUUUACUGGCUCAUCCGAUUACUUAUSUUAUKAACUGCCUUCCGAUAUAACGUUUACUGUCGACGAUGUUUUUUCCGCUCUUAAAACGUUAAAAAAUACUUACUCUAAUGGCCCAGAUGACAUAUCCGCUCAAUGUUUGUACAAUUGUCGUUUUUCUAUUGCUUACCCAAUUUAUUUACUAUUCAGGCGUUCAUUAGAUUUAGGCAUAUUCCCCAUGAUCGGGAAAAUAUCCUCUAUAACACCGGUUUUGAAAUCUGGUGACGCCUCUGAUAUCCAAAACUGCAGGCCAAUUUCUAUAAUACCACAUAUUGGUAAAUUAUUUGAAUCGAUAGUAUACUCCAGAAUAAAGCGUAUUCUUAAUCAUCUUAUUAUAAGUGAGCAGCAUGGUUUUAGAUCAAAUAAAUCAACCGUAACUAGUGGUGUUGCAUCUUCUUAUUUAUCAGAAGUUAUCGAACACAGAGGUCGAGUAGAUGAAUCAUUACAAACUUUAAUAAAGCAUUUGAAACAGUCGACCACGAUUGCCUUAUAA